CGCAAUUCACAGUGUGAGAAAGCAGCCGACUGGGUGAGAUUUGAGCAGUCUCAGCUGAUCCGGGCAGUUUAGAGGAAGACAGAGCAGCAGCAGCACAGUCACAGCGUUUAUAUUAGAAGGUUUAUAGAUUUCUGAAAUGGAAACACAGGGAUUGUCUCCUGCUAUUUUUGAUUCUCUCUGCUAUGUGAGUGAUCAUAGAGGAUUUUUUGGAACAAUCAAAAACUCUCCAGCUGAUUUUGUGGUAACAGAAAUUAAUGUCUCUGGUCAAUUAGUUACAGAAGUGCAAACAAUAGAAAAAUCUGAAAGAGACAGUCCACAAGACAUUAUUACAAAGCAAACCAUAAACCCAAAAGAUGCAAAACUUAAAGGAACAACAUGUGAAGUUGCAGAGUUUGCCACUGAUAUUUUAGAAGCUGGAGGAAGACUGGCGCAAACAUCUCCUGAUGUUGUUGAUAAUUGUGAACUGGACCCCUGCUAUUUGCUGUAUCCUGUUGUGGAUUUAGCUGUUCAAGAGUAUUUAAACCAGUUUGCAUGUAAUGUAAGAUCAGUUUGGAGUUCUCCAGUGGCAGAAAAUAACUUAAACGAGCUUUCUUUGGGUUUAUAUCCCGACAAGGAUGAGAGAGCUCUUAUCCAUAGUGCGGUGCGUCAGACAUACCCCUUUCUUAUAACCUUUACCAAAAGCUCUGAACUUUUUGUUAAACCUAACUUGGAUUACCAGGAACUUUGUCAACUGACUUCUGAAAAGGAAGCAGAUGCAUUUUUUAAAUUUUUGGAUGCAAAGCUUGAGAAUUCCAGAUUUUCAUUCAACCCAGAUGACUGUAAAGAACAUAGGACAGCUGUUCACCAUUUUAUCAGUAAGAAAUUUGGGAAACUUGUAGAAGCGAAAUCAUUUUCGGAGAAAGACACUUAUGGUUUACUGAAAGUUUGUAUAACUGUUCGAUUUCGAGAGAAAAUUGGCUCAUCCAGAAAAAGGAAGAGAACAGAGGGUACUGAGAAACAGGAUGUAUACACUGGCUUUACUCUUCAAAAAGACAAUCUGGAGACACUGGAAGCCAUAAGCUAUUUGUCUUAUUCACUCGGGGUGCUCCCUUCAGACUUCAGUUAUGCUGGAAUCAAAGAUAAGAAAGCAAUUACGUAUCAAGCCAUGAUAGUUAAAAAGGUAACUCCAGAAAGGUUAAAGCAAAUAGAGGCCAUCAGUGAGAAAAAAGGAAUGACGAUACAUAACAUACACCCAGUAAAAAAACACCUGCAUCUUGGGCAAUUGAGCGGAAAUCAUUUCAGCAUUAUUGUGAGGGACAUACAAAACCAAAAUGAUGGUUCAUCAGUAUGCAUUCAGGAAAGAAUUGAAGAGGCAGUUUACAAUAUAAAGACAAAAGGCUUCCUCAACUACUAUGGACCGCAAAGAUUUGGAAAGGGGCAGAAUUGCCAGUCACAUGAUAUUGGUUUAGCUCUGCUUAAGGAAGAAAUGGAGAAGGCUGUAAAAUUGCUACUCAAUCCGGAUUCAUUUGAAGAUCCUGUUAAUAAUGCAAAACAGUACUUUAUUGAGACUGAGGAUGCAAAAGGAACUCUUGCUCUAAUGCCACAUUACAAGAUCCGCGAGAGAAUGUUGCUUCGAGCAAUAAACCGAUUUGGAAUGAAUAAUGAAGGAUGUGUCCGUGCAUGGCUCAGCCUUCCACAUUCAAUUCGCAUCUUCUAUAUCCAUGCAUUUUGCAGUAAAGUUUGGAAUGAAGCGGCAUCUUACAGGUUUACACUGUAUGGACUGAAGGUUGUGCAAGGAGAUUUGGUAGUCUGUCAUGAGACUGCUAAUGAGAAUUCACCAGUUCAUAUUGUUACGGCAGAAGAAGAGGAGUCCAGUGCAUACACUAUAAAUCAGGUUGUCCUUCCUAUGCCUGGUUACAGUAUUAAAUAUCCUGCCAAUGAGAUUGGACAAUGGUACAGUGAAACUCUUGCCAAGGUUGGGUUGCAGUCAUGCACAUUUCGAGUAGGCAGCUUACAGCUAAAUGUGCCUGGAUGCUAUAGACACAUUUUAAAAUAUCCUCACAAUCUAUUUUAUAAACUGACUUUUGAAAAUCAAGCAAAAAACUGAAAAUAAUGCAGAUGCUGGAGCCACACUAAAGCCAGUGUUACUAGUGGAAUUUGAACUUGACUCUUCUUGUUAUGCAACAAUUUGUCUCAGAGAGAUGAUGAAAUGUAACUUUUAAGUUUUCAUACAGAAAAUAAAAUCUAAAAACAAAACACGUCAUGUGUUUUUUGUUUCCCUCUAUGUUUGGUAUGGUUUAAAUUCAGUUCAGCUACAGUGCAUCCAGUGUGGAAAAUAAAUUGUUAAAUCUGAAAGGCUCAGAAAAGAAAAAAAUUUACAAAGGGGGAACUUCUGAAAAAGAUGGAGGUUAAAAUAUGGUAUAAUGAGGUUGCAAAAGAAAGUUGAAUAAGUUGGAAUAUGUUGCAGAGAAAGAAGUCCUGCACUAUGUCCAAAAUACAAUGUGAAAAACAUCUUAAAGAAGUUGCUCUGAAUCAGAUGUUUUCUUUCAUUGUUCUAACUGCAGUAAACCUAUAAACUCCUGUCUGGGUGCUAUGUUUACAGGACUAGUUCAAAACUUGGCUUCACUAUAUUUACCACCAUUCAUAAUUUGCUUUAUUCGACUGUAAAUGCCAACUGCCUUUCAUGUGCAUUGCCACAAACCCGUGUUAUUAUGUACUACAAUUUAUAUUAAACAAAUAUGUAAUGGAGAUUAUAGAUAAUUACCAUCAGAUUUAAUUUUAUUAACAUUAUUCUGUUUCGUAUAUUUUUUUUCAGACACUAGGUGGCUGUAUAGACCUCAGAAAGGCACAGAACAGCAGAGUUUAAAUUCAAAUACAGAUGUUUCACUAUGAAGUUGCAGAAUGAAAUAAAUAUGCUUUAAAUUUUAUUAAAGAUUUGUACUUCAUAAAACUACAGAUGUAAGCAAAUGCAUUAUGAAAUAGUCAUAAAUAUGCAGAUGAAACUUAUCAUUUUACCAUGUAUAAGAUUGUAAAGACAUUGUGCACACAUAAAAGAUC